AUGCAUGCAGACAGAACUACGGGUGUUGGUUGGUCCGUGCCUUUUGAAAACCCAAACACUUGUGCCUUAAAGGGAUCAUCAGUAAAGCUUGGGUGCUCGUACACCUACCCAGAUUCGGAAACUGUUAAAUCGAUUGCAUGGUUCAAAGGGGCAUCAAAAAAUGGCAGCUGGAAACGUGUUGCGCUCUCAGAACUUCCUUCAUAUCAGAAUCGUUCUGAAUAUAUUGGUGAUCUACAGCACAACUGCAGCCUGGCAAUUCAUGACCUGCAGAUUAACGACACUGGACAUUACUACUUCAAGUUUGAUACAGAGUUAUUUGGAAGGCGGAGUAAAACAUCAGUGCACCUGACUGUCACAGAGCUGAGUGCCAGAGUGCACCCUGACCCAGUGAGAGCAGGAGACAAAGUGACCCUUGAGUGCAGAACAUCCUGCCAACUUUCCAACAUAGUCUGGUUCAAAGAUGGGAGUCCAGUAACCAAACCAGAGUUUGAGGCUAAAGCAGAGGAUGCUGGCAAUUAUGUAUGUGCUUUUGAAGGACAGGAGUCAGUGAUGUCUGACCCUGUGUCUCUGGAUGUUCAGUAUCCCCCAAUGAAUGUAUCUGUUGAGAUGAGCUAUCCUGCGAACCUGACAGUAGGCACCAGUGUGGACCUGACUUGCCGCAGUGCUGCUAACCCUGCAGCAGACAGCUACACCUGGUACAGGGGUACUGCUUCCAGUUUCAGGUCCAUGCUGUAUGUGGGCUCAGGACAGGUGCUGUCUCUCCCCUCUGUGGAGGUGUCCUACACUGGACUCUACCUCUGCCAGGCCAGGAACACAGUGGGGGGAAACAACUCAACCGAGGUGCUGCUGCAUCCACUGUCAGAAGCAGUAAUAGUGGGAAAUACAGACAGUGAGCAUGCAGGUAUCCAUGUCAUUUCCCUUGUUAGUACAGUCUUAAUCACCGUGUUGCUACAAUUGUAAUGAUCUUGACAUGCAGGAAGAAAUGUAAUAAUGUUGUGGAUGAAAAGGAGAGCAGCAAUGAUUAUGAAUACAUCGUCAUGACCAAAAUCAAAAACAAAGUUACACAGAAGGAAAUGUCUGCAGAUUGCCUCCACCUGAGCCUGAUGACAUUUCAUUACACUCCGUACAUGACUUGAGAAUGCCUGUGGUUUGUUGCUGUUCGGAGCUCCACCAAAAACACAGUUGAACAGCAAGUUUGUCAGCAUGAAAAAUGCAGCAACACCCCUCACUGACUCCUGUCUGUGUAAACGUUCACUCCCUCUCCUGACACUGGAGACAGAAGGGUUAUGGUUUGUAACAUUAUCAAGAAACAUCACUCAUGUUUAUUUCAUCAAUUAAAUAAUCACAACCUUGCAAAUGUAACUACAUCAAGCUAUUUCCUCAUGAAAGUGUUGUUGCUGAUUAUGUGUCAGUGGAGUUGCUCAGUAUGGACAGGCUGUAUUCAGGAUCAUUGUGGUCAAACCAGGAUAUACUGCCCCCUUGUGUUUAAAAUACUCAUGUACAUUAUGUUCUUCCAAACUUAAUAAAUGUUGCAAAUGUUAUUAGCAUAGUACAGUAAGAAUUGAGGUUAAAGGUUUAAGAUUUUAUGAUAUUAAAACAACACCAACAGUACAGCUUUUAUAGAGUCAAUGCAUUUUUACGUUUGUUUCACACUGUUUACUGAUCAACGUAUGCCUCACACAGAUGACAGCACUCUGGUCAGUGUGGUAAUAAUCAGCGAUCGAUCACUAUUUAAUUAUCUUAUUGUGUACCUCGUGGUGAAAACUAGUGACACCUGUUAACACAUUUCACACCUGCACAAGAACAAGCAUUUCAAAUUUUCUGCUGUAAUACCUGUAUAGAUUAUGUUUUUGUAAGGCUUUCUUGUCAUGACCUCCUGAUUGACAACUUUUCUAAUUAUUUUUCAUCCUUUUAUUAAAGAAUGUGUUAUUAA